AUGUCUGAUAAUGCUUCCCUCUCUUUACCCGUAUCUCCCUCUACCUCACCUCCGCCUCAAUCCUUAAUUCAUGCUAUCCAACCGCUUCCCCCACCUCCUGGUCCAUUAUCACCCAUCAGGGAUGACCACAAACAGUUACAAGUUGCUGAAUUUCUAAAAGAUGAAAGUCUAUUGGAACUAGAGCAAAAAGAAGAAAAAAUAGCGAAUGCUGAUGGACAAAUUUUUGGUAGGAUGGGAGAAAAGAGCCAUUUGAGAACGACGUCAAACAUUUCACAAUUGGUUGAUUUGACCAGUAGAAGAAACAGUGAGAGUGGAAAUGGAAAUCAAAGUCUAUUAGAUCGAGACCACGAUCAAAAUCCGGCUGUAAAUCAACUGUCAUCCGAUGUACAAACCAAUGUUGGCAUUGCCCAAGAGAAUUCUUCUAUAGAGUUUACUGCGAUUGAGACUACAUCCAACAUCAAGAAAAAGAGGCGAAGUCAGAAUGGUGGAAGGUACAUGAAUCUAAAAGUAUCUGAUUUUGAAAGAACAGGAUCGGGCAUGCAAGGGCUGUUCGAGUGGACAUCGCCGUCACUGUUUACUGAAAUUCCUCAGGCAGAUCAAUUCACCGGAAUACUGGAAAAAUACAUACCGCCCGAAUCCAGACCACAAAGAGACACGUCUAAAGGGAUUGACACAGACGAUGAGGACGCGCUAGAGAAGUUAAUAAUCAAUAAUUCAUGGAAAGCAGUAGCAAACUUGGCCAAGGACCAAAUAAUUUUAAGCGAUCCCAGCGAAGUAGAAUUAAUAAUUGAAUUUUGGCAUGUCCGUCUACUAGCAUUAACAAAACUUAAACAUUAUAAACUGGCGAUGACUGAACUGACCAAACUCGGUGAUCUUCAAAGGGCAGAACUGAACUAUGAACAUCCCAGAUGGCAAGGCAUGUUUGAUGAGAAAAAGGGAUCUAUGGUGCCAUUCGAGAUGAGAGUUUUAGCAGCUAGACUGACUGGAUAUCAAGGAAAUAUUUGUGAUGCUAUCGAUGGUAUUUUUAGAUUAAUUUUUGACUGUCGAAAGAUGGUCAAAGAGUUUAGUACACUUGAUACAGAUGAAGCCAAGCGUGAAUUACAAACGUGGCAACUACGAGAAGGACGAUUGAUGUUAAUAGUCGUGAACUAUCUACUUGAAUUGAAAGAUUAUCCAGCAGCAAUAUCUCUGAUGGAAAAAUGUUUGCAGUCGUUUCCUGACGACAUUAACCUACUAACUGGGUUGGCAAGAUUACAUUUGCAAUCUGGCAAUAUUGUCAGCGCUGAAGAACUAUUUAAUAAUGUCGAGAUAUUAGCAAAAUCCUCUGGUAGUGAUUCGUCUAACGAAUUGGUUUUGAUGAAUAGUGCAUUCAUUGCCAUUGUCAAAAGAGAUUGGAAUGCGGCAAAGAAGAUACUGAAUCAAAUUUUAGCUAAAAACCCAGAAAAUUUGGUGGCUGCUAACAACCAUGCUGUAUGUGAAUUAUACCUUAGUAAUUCAGAUGAGGCGGUAAAGCUUCUUGAAGAUUUAGUUAAUAGACAUCCAAAGUCUGCCGGAGUAUGUGAGCCAUUACUCUUUAAUUUGUGCAUUCUAUAUGAACUGAGGAGCGAUACAAGUUUGCAAAGAAAAGAAAGACUGAUAGCAGAAGUGGCAAAGUGGGCCGGUGAUCAAUUUUCGGUUGAAUGCUUUAAAUUGGCGGUUUCCCUAAUGUGUGGAAUUGCUUUUCGAUUGAUCAACCAAAAUGACUAUGAUCAAAGUUACUCUAAUAUUUGGGUCCAUUUGAACAAACAGAAUCAACGAAGAGGACCGGAUGCUCAUGGACAACAUACGAUAUCAAUCGUUUCACUGCGUCUUGACUUUGUUGCGUAUGUCUUACAUCUAAGAGGUUCAAAUGUGACUUCUCAGCCCAUAGUCGAUGAUUUGGGGAAUGUAUUACAAUGGAAUGGAGAAAUUUUUGACGGUAUUGAGGUUCAACCAUUUGCAAAUGAUACAAUGAGUCUAUGUGCUACUUUACUUUCCAGAAACAGUAUAGACAACGCAUUAGGCGUAUUGUCGAAUGUUGAAGGGCCAUUUGCGAUAAUCUAUUGGAAUGAUUCAACACGACAGUUGUGGUUCGGACGAGACUAUUUCGGAAGAAGAUCGCUUCUUUGGCAUAAACCAACGUCGACAGAUGAUCAAUUUAUGCUGACAUCAGUCGGUACUAAUUUUGCUCCAAACGAUUUUUUCACAGAAGUGCCUGCAGACGGAUUGUAUUGUCUUGACGUCAAUAGCCUUUUCUCAACAGAUUCAUUUUCAAGCGCAGUGACGCAUUAUCCCUGGUCGAAUCCCCCAAUAUCCACGAUAAACAACUAUAUUCCAACCACGUCUGAUUAUCCUCACAAUGGGGCGGACGCGAUUCCGGAAAUUUACCCUCAAAUGCAGCAAGCGAUUGACCGUUUCCUCGAACUACUAUCAGAUUCUGUGCGUCUUCGUGUAAUAAAUAUUCCGCAUACGGUUUCACCACGCGUGGCUGUAUUAUUCUCUGGAGGGAUUGACUGCAUGUGUCUAGCCGCCUUGGCCGAUACAUAUUUACCUGAAAAUGAACCAAUUGAUUUAUUGAAUGUCGGUUUUGAGAACCCAAGAUCAGUUGACGCUGAAGGAAGAAAGUCGAGAAAAGUAUCAGAGGAAAAAGAGAAAGAUAUUUUCAAAGUGCCAGAUAGAAUUAGCGGGAGACAGGGUGUAGAAGAGCUCAGGAGAAUAUCACCCAAGAGAAAAUGGAAUUUUAUUGAAGUCGAUGUCUCGUACGAAGAAUCUUGUGCUCACAAAGAAGAAAUCAUGGAGCUUAUGCACCCAUCUGACACCAUCAUGGAUCUGAGUAUUGCAAUGGCGUUUUGGUUUGCUUCAAGGGGGAAAGGACAUCUAGUCUCCGAGGAUGGGACAAGAAUGAUAGACUAUGAGAGUAAAGCAAGAGUCAUUCUCAUUGGUAUCGGAGCAGAUGAAUUACUAGGCGGAUAUUCGCGACAUAGAGAAGCAUUCAAACAUGGCGGUUGGGCACGACUAAUCAGUGAAAUACAAUUAGACAUAAACCGGAUAUCAACGCGAAAUCUAGGCCGCGACGAUCGCAUCAUCUCAUCUCAUGGUAAAGAAUCUCGCUGCCCCUACCUCUCCUUCCAGUUGGUCACAUAUCUCUCCUCGCUUCCAAUCCAUUUGAAAACUGAUCCACAUUUUCCGCGUGGCGUUGGAGAGAAAUUACUUCUACGACACGCGGCCAGGCGAUUGGGUUUGUUUAAUGCGAGUAUGUUGUGGAAGAGGGCUAUACAAUUCGGUGCGAAGACGGCAAAGAUGACAUAUGAGAGUCGCGGGGAAAGGGGAAAUAUGAAACUUGUGAGAUGA